UCGGCCGCGGAUUCUGAUUGGUUGAUUUGGGGCCCCAGGUCCUAUUGGUCCCACGCCUGCGCAUUCCCGACGUUGGAGAAAGAGCCGACCAUGGCGGCGGUGGGAUGCCUGUUGUUUGCGGCUCGGCGAGGCUGCUGUUGCUGCGGCCGCCUCCGCCGCGGUGUUAGUGUCUGUCAGCCCUGUGGAGGGGACAUGGUGUUUGGCAUGUCUUCUGGCUUACUUUCAGUCCAUGGUAUGCAAAACAUUCAGCGACAGCAGAGAAACCUUUCCUUGCAAGAGUACAUAAGUAUUGGAUUGCUAAAGGAUGCUGGCAUCUCUGUACCCAAUGGGAAAGCUGUUUCUACACCAGAUGAAGCAUAUUCUGCUGCCAAAGCAAUUGGUUCAAAGGACCUUGUUGUAAAAGCACAAGUGUUGGCUGGUGGCAGAGGAAAAGGGAUAUUUGAAAAUGGACUGAAAGGAGGAGUCAGAAUUGUUUAUUCUCCAGAGGAAGCCCGGGAUAUUUCUUCAAGAAUGAUUGGAAAAAAAUUAUUUACUAAACAGACAGGUGAGAAAGGAAGAAUAUGCAACCAAGUGUUCAUUUGUGAGCGAAGGUACCCCAGAAGAGAGUAUUACUUUGCAAUAACACUGGAAAGAACAUUUCAGGGGCCAGUAUUAAUAGGCAGUUCAGAGGGCGGAGUUAAUAUUGAGGAUGUAGCAGCUGAAAACCCUGAAGCAAUUGUUAAGGAACCCAUUGAUAUAAUGGAAGGCGUCAAAAAAGAGCAAGCUGUCAAGCUUGCACAGAAAAUGGGGUUUCCAAAUAAUGUGAUAGAAGAUGCAGCAGAGAAUAUGAUCAAAUUGUAUGAGCUGUUUAUCAGAUAUGAUGCCAGUAUGCUUGAGAUAAAUCCCAUGGUGGAAGAUGCCUCUGGGAUCGUGUUGUGCAUGGAUGCAAAGAUAAACUUUGAUUCUAAUGCCGCCUAUCGACAGAAGGAUAUUUUUGCCCAGCAGGACUGGAGUCAAGAGGAUGAACAAGACAAGCAAGCAGCUGAUUUUGAUCUCAAUUAUAUUGGAUUGGAUGGAAACAUUGGUUGUUUGGUUAAUGGUGCAGGGCUAGCUAUGGCUACAAUGGAUAUCAUAAAGCUUCAUGGAGGAAAUCCUGCCAACUUUCUCGAUGUAGGUGGUGGAGCAACAGCUCAGCAAGUAAAUGAAGCCUUUAAACUUAUAACCUCAAACAAAAAAGUACUUGCUGUUCUAGUAAAUAUAUUUGGUGGCAUCAUGCGCUGUGAUGUAAUUGCUAAAGGUAUUAUUCUGGCUGUGGAGAGCUUGGAUUUGAAGAUUCCAAUAGUUGUGAGAUUGCAAGGUUCAAAAGUUGAUGAUGCUAAAGCACUGAUUGCUGCCAGUAGUCUCAAGAUCCUGGGUUGUGAUGACUUGGAUGAAGCUGCGAAAAUGGUUGUAAAACUUUCAGAAAUUGUGUCAUUGGCAAAGGAGGCUCAGGUGGAUGUCAAUUUCCAGCUGCCGAUUUAAGACAUGCUUUGAAGAAAUGAUUUUGUUUGAUAUUCACAGUUGUGAUAUACUCUUAAAAUGGUUUUUUGCCCGUUUUCUUUU